CCUUCUUCUUAUAUAUACAUUCCAUACAAAAAACAAUCAUUUCAUUUUUCUCAGAUUUUCGUCCCUGCGUACUCUUGCCUCCUCUCACGCUUCUCUUGUUGUCACCUCUGCCUAUCCUGACAAUUCGUCAAACUUCAAAAGCAACAUGGCGCCACACCAAUCCGACAUCUUUCUGUUUACUCGGCAAAUGCAAGGGUCCAUACCAUCCUGUGUGGUUGAGUGCAUGUCUGACGGCAACAUCACAAGUUGUUCCAGCAAUACAGACUAUUCAUGUCUUUGCGCUUCCCAAUACUACAUCGACUCGGUCGGAGCGUGCAUGAACUCCAGUUGUACCGCGUCUGAGAGAAUCGCAGGAGAGGCAUACACUGGUCAGGCCUGCGCUUACUAUGGCACACCACUGACAAACACCACCUCAUCCUCGACCAAUACAUCUGUGACUGCGUCUGGCACCGCGGUAAUCGCUGAUCCCGUUAUUUACUCUCGGGCCUAUGUUAACAUCCAAGCUAUUUUCUCAUCCAUUUGCGGCGCUCUUCUCAUACUCGCUCUGUUGUCUGGUUUCCUCUCUUGCCGAUCCCGAUACAAGCGAGAACAAGCCUUCUCACAAAAUAGAACCUGGACCGGUGUUGGCUCCACUACUCUCGGUGGCGAUACGAGAAAGACUUCUCGCUUCUUCACCCGUACCAAAGACACCAGAGACCCGACCGCCACCUUUGCCACUGACAACUAUGGUGUUAACAGUUCAACAUUUGGGGGUGCAACUACUUCUCAUACACCAGGACAAGUAUCCUUCGGGCCGGUCUACGGUGCUAAUGCGGACUAUGGUGUUAGCUCAAGUGAGGGUACUGGUGGUAGGUUCACCAAUCGACUACCGGCUGGUGAUAUGAAUAAAUCCGAAGAAUGGGAGAUGGAAGUGAGAAAAAGCAGCAUUAAGGAAGAAGAGCUGGAAGUUGAGAGCCCCACGACGUCAAAGGGUCCUGGCAGUGACACUGAUAUGGAUGGGAGCACAGUAUAUCUUACGAGAUUGGACAAGGAUGACCAUCACGCGAUAUGAGGGAGAUUGUGGUGAUUUUCCAUGCUUGCUGUUCGUGAUGAUCAAUUAACGGUGUCCAUAGAAAAUACAAUCAGUAAUGUAGUAUUGUAGUAGUGUAAAGGAUACAAAAAUAAAUCGCAUGUUUAGUUAUGUAUUUGGGAUCUCUUU